AUGUCAGAUUCAUAUAAAAAGUUGACCUCACAUUCAAAAAUUACCUCAAAGUCUUCAAACUAGCAAUAUAAAGAGGGUCUACUUUCUUAAACUUAAGAUGAUAGUUAAGCUGAUUUCAAUUACAAGAAUGAUUAAACUAAAGUUUACGACAACUCUGAAGAUAGAUAGAAGAUAUAUAAGAAAUUGAAUGAUGCCCCCGAUGAAAUGAGUUUGUCUCGCACCAUAUAAUUCUUCGCUAGACACUCCUAUCGAGAUAUCAAGAGAAAGAAGUGCCACUUUUGUCUAGCAUUCUGCUCAGUAUUCAUAGUGGUUAUGUUUUCACUUGUAGUGAAUACUUUGGUCUAAAGAGGUCCGAUUAUCUUUUUGAAAGUGGUUGAGGGAACAGAAGGGGAAAUAGAUGGAGUAAUUUCUGGAAGCAACGGUGAACAUAGUAAAUAGGCUUUCAGUACUAUGAGCGAUGACAAUAUGCUAAACUAUACAAGAGUCAUGGAAGCUCUUGCAACAGAUGAUUAUAGACUGAGCCCUAGAAAAACAUUUUGUGGUUCUAAAAUUGGUAGCGACCAAAAUAACAAGAACAUCAUCGAUCACGAAGAUGAAUCUGAGAUGGCUAAAUGGAGAGCUUAAUAUGAUCCUUCAACUAAUAUGCCAUCAAGGGACUAAGCUUAUAGUCCUAAUGUUCAAACAUUGCAGCCUGCAUGCUUGAUGCUUUGGGAUACAAAGCUAGAAUAGAAAAAUGAGAUUGGAAGGUUAUAUGAAUUUGAGCCUAUGAAAUAUGGUGAGUGUAGUAUGACACAAAAAUAAGCUGAAAACCUUAAUGUAUAAGAAGGCGAUAUGAUAUAUUAUCAAAUGUACUUGAGUACUUUAUACAAUGGUCUUAUCAACAAGUACAAUAGAUAUGCAGUAUAGCAAGGACAGAAGCAGCUUUCCUAAAUUACUUUAUUCUAGACCAAAUUUAGAAUCCCAUGCAAAGUAGUAAGAAUUAUGAGUAACUCCUAUGGAAAAUUCCCUGAUAUUAUGCUUUAGUCAGGGCAGAUGGGUUUCAUGGAGUAUGGCCAGUUCCUUAAUAUCUUAUCUAACUAUCUUCCGGAAGCACAUAAAAACAAUGAGGAUUUCAAAUAAUUCUUAAGAGAUUAAUCAAAGGUUACACUUGAAGAAUAUGCUGAUGUUCUUUUACUCAGUUUACCCACACCAAGAGUAUCCUACUAUGAAAGUACUAAUUAUGAAGAGACAUAAAGAAAAAUCAGUGUAUAUGCAGCUGGCUUAGUUAAAGAUUUAGGUUACUAUCCAGUAAAUAUAUCAUUGGAUAUAUUAAAUGUUCUAAAAAAUUACUCAUACGCAGUGCUCUUUAUGGGACUCAUCUUUGACAUUAUCAUUCUUUUAUUUGUUGUUAUUUCUGUGCUGUUGAUUUACUCAUUACUGAUGAUUAGUGUAGAGACAAAGACAUUUGAAAUCGGAGUAAUGAGAAUGGUAGGAUUAAGCAAGUACGGAAUCGUCAUAAUGAUUUUAUUACAAGGACUGAUGUUUGUGUUACCUGCUAUUAUAACUGGAUUUGCAUUUAGUUUCCCAGUGCUUGGAAUUAUUUAUGACAGACUAUUAACAAAGGAUCUUGGAAUACCUAAUGAUCCAAUACCAAGUACUGCUUCUGUCAUUCAAGCACUUGCUAUUGGCUUUAUUAUCCCUAUGCUUGCUUCUAUCUAUCCUAUAAAGUCAAGCUUAGAAAAAGAGCUUAACGAUUCACUUGAUUAUCAAAGAAGCAAAUAGCAAGCUAUUUACGUUGAAGUUUUAAAGAAAGAGGACCAAUAAAGUGUGACUUAUCAAGUGAUAUUUGGUAUGAUUGCAGUAGUGUAUGGUCUUUCAAUCUUCUACUAUCUGCCUAUAUCAAUCUUAGAACUUGAUUUCAAAAUGAUUUUAAGCAUCUUCUUCUUUAUUCUAGUGGGUAUGCUUCUUGGAUUGACCCUCUUGGCUUUCAAUCUUUAAAGAGUGCUUGAAAUUAUCUUAGUAAAUGUAAUGCUUAUCUAUGAAAAGAAGUCUUUUAGACAAAUGGUAUUGAAAAAUUUGUUAGCACAUAAAAUUAGAAACAAGAUGACAAGUCUUAUCUUUUCACUAGCUCUUGGCUUUAUUAUUUUCUUGAUAGUCUCCUAUAAUUUACAACUUUAGAGCGUGUAGCUUUUAGCUCUCUAGAAAGAAGGAGGAUAUUUGAUAAUUGAUACUGCAGACAAAGGAUAACAAAUUGACCCCAAAGUAUAUGAUGAGGUGAUCAAGAGACACUUGCAGAACAUUUAGGACUUCACAUAUAUUACUGCAGACACUUCAAGGAAAAACACACUUGGUAUUUAAAGCAUUAAGACUAGUGAUAGAGCGAGGAUUGAGCAAUUUAAUACUGGCGUUUAUGGUGUUCAACCUUCAAUAUUCGAUGCAAUGAUUAAUGACUUUGUAAAAAUAGGUUCUCAGAACGAUUCCACUGGAAUGCCUCUAGCUGAAUAAUUGUACACUGCAAGAGGGUCAUAAGGAAUGGCUGUAGGCACUGUAAUGGCUAAAUAAGCAAGAGCUGAUAACCCAGAAAAAACAUUGUACAACCAUAUGGUUCUAAGUCUUGAACUAGAGUCUAAAAAGAUUUAUUAUACUAUGAGAAACAUCUUUAAUACUGAUAGAGCUCCAGGAUUCACUAUGUAGUCAAGAAAAUAGAAUUCCUAAAAGAAUUCAGCUCUUGUCUCUCUGCCGAUGCAUGCUAGAAUUUCUGGACUAUAAAGUUUGAGAUAAGUGUAAUAUGAAAGACUUGUAGUAAUGUUCAAGGAUCCCUUAAACAAGGAGCAAACAGAUGCUUUUCUCUAGGAUCUGAAGAACUCAGAAAUGAGAAAUGAAAAUCCUAGAGUAUUCAAUGCAAAUGAUUAAUAGGAGACAUUUGAGCAAGUUAACCUAAUUCUAAACAUGAUUUUCAAUGUCAUAAUCGCAAUAACCAUGUUCUUAUGCUUCUUCUCAUUAUCAUCUUCAAUGACAGCUAAUCUAUAUGAGCAAUCAAAAGAAAUAGGAGUAAUGAGAGCAAUAGGUAUGAAUAAAACUAGAAUCUAACUGCUCUAUAUAUAUGAAGCAUUUAUAUUAGUCAUGGCUAGUAGUCUAAUGGGCAUUCUCAUUGGUACCAUGGUUGGAUUUACAAUGGUGGUCUAACAAAUGCUAUUUACAGAUAUUCCACUUAUUUUCUUCUUCCCCUGGACACAAUUCUUGAUUAUUUUAUCUUUGUCGAUUAUUUGUGCUUUUGCUAGUACCUACGGGCCAACUAAAAACUUAACAAAUAAGGAGAUCUCAUCUGUAUUCAGAAUGACGUGA